AUGCUCCAUGCCUCCACAACAGAAAGAGGCAGGGAGAAUGGGCGUGAAAAUCGUACCGUUCUAUCAGAUAACUCUGCUACCACUUCUGCUGCUGCCGAUGGUGUUAUUGCUGUUGCUGUUGUUGUUGCUGUUUGUGCUGGCUUUUCUGAUAUGCACAACUGUGCGCCUUUAUUGCUGCAAACCUGUACUCUGCCUCUGCCGUGGGAGCCCAUCAAUCAAGCUCCGUGUCUUCGACGGGAGUUGAGGAAACAACAUUCCGAGGAAGAGAUGAGUCCUGCGAAAGAGUAG